AUGUCCUAUCCAGCUCUAACUCCGACUCGACCAGUGCCAGGAACAUUCUUUCAGACCCCGGCAGCGAGUAAUAUCAAUAAUGGACCGCUCUUUCAGCCCAGGACGCCAUCAGCGCCUGCCGCGCAGGAAUCAACACCAGCGCCAGCCCUUCAGAGACUGUCACCGGUAGCUCCAAAAAUAAAGAGCGAGACCCUGAGCACAAGAGAACGCGCUGCGCGGACCGUCAAUGACACUCUUGCUCAGGAAGCUCGGUAUCCGGAUCUGGACAAUUAUCUUUCUCAAGGGUUUUCAUCGGACUACGAGAUCCCUGCCCAUCCAGCAUGGGCGCCAUUCCACAAGAUAAAAAUGUACAAUAUCCCCGACCAGAUAUUCGACCAAUACAAUCGCGCACAAGUUUCGACGAGCAUGGGUCUUUUCGCCGAGUUAAAUCACGCCUGGGUUGCCAUUGACAAUGCGCUUUAUCUCUGGGACUAUACGCAUCCCAAUCCACAGCUGGUCGGAUACGAGUCUCAGCCGAACAGUAUCAAUGCCGUUAAGCUUGCCAAACCUCGCCCCGGCGUUUUCCUUCCGUCUAUCACGCACAUUUUGGUCAUCUCCACCACUAACGAUAUCAUCCUGCUGGGUAUGGGCUGCGAAAUCGUGUCUGGUGGUGCAAAACAAGUGACGUUAUAUCAGACUGGGAUGUCAACAUCUAUCCGUGGCCUUGAUGUGCAUGUCAUCACUUCGUCGGACACCUCGGGAAGAAUUUUCUUUGCCAGUUCGUCCGAUAACGACGUUUAUGAAUUCAAGUAUCAACAGGAAGAGAAGUGGUUUCAAGGGCGAUGUUCCAAAGUCAACCAGACUAGCUCGCGGAUUGCAUCGUUUGCGCCGUCGUUGAGCUUCGCCCAGAAGCCGACUGAGUCUAUUGAACAGAUGGUGGUGGAUGACACUCGGAAUCUUCUUUACACGCUGUCUUCGUUAUCUACAAUUAGAGUCUUCCACCUAAAGCCGGAUGGGACACUGGCACUAGCUAUCACGAAACCUGUCAUCGACAUUUAUUCCAACAUCGGUCACAUUAUCCCGUCCAAUGAGGCGUUGAAUCCCAAAGUGAAGAUUGUCUCUAUCUGUCCCGUGCCGACUCCAGAGGCAUCGCGGUACCAUCUUGUAGCCACGACAGCUACUGGUUACCGUAUCUAUCUCAGCGCAACUGGCUCUUAUAGCUGGUCACCUAUGCCUAGCGGUACUAGCCCUCCCACUAGUAUGCAAGCUCAUUUUGUGAAAACUCCCCCCUUCGACACCCCAGCAGCUGUACCUGGCGCGAUGCAAUUCCAGCAGACUGCAACCACAACAAAAGUCCCUAUCCACACUCUCGAUCCUACUCGUUUGGCUCAGCGGUUUCCUCCGGGCUAUUUCUUUUGCUUUACAUGCAAAGACCCCUCGCAAAAAGAAGAUACUUUGUUCAUCUCGGCACCAGAUUCUGGUCGCAUUGCUCGUGCUCAUGAAAAUGUUGUUCCCCCUAAGCCUUCAGAGUCGGCGAUAUGGCUGUCUUUGGGCAGCAGAGCCGAAGACAUCGGUUUGAUUACGACCCCCUUGACAGCUGUCGCAUCGGCCAACGGAUUCGGGAACGAGUUGGCCAUUCAAUAUGACCAGAGUGCCGCGGAAUUCGCCAUUUUGACAAAUACGGGCGUUCACGUUAUCAGAAGAAGGCGUCUUGUCGAUAUAUUUGCCGCGCUUGUGCGACAUGGAGGUAGUGAAGAUGGACUCGAGGGUGACACCAAGAAUUUUAUUCGAGUCUAUGGGCGCAGUGAGGCUCUUGCCACAGCUUUGGCUGUCGCAUGUGGACAAGGAAUGGAAAUCUCGUCUGAUUCUCGUCUGACCAAGAUCAACGACCCAGAUGUUCUGGAAUACGCACGCAAAGUCUUUAUUGAGUAUGGUGGAAGACCGUCUAUGAACGAAAACGCAGUUGCAGAUAACAGCACCCCAGCGAUUGACGCCAUUCUCCCGUCUCCUCGCCACGCAGGUAUUGCACUGUACAUGUCAAGGUUGCUUCGCUCAAUCUGGAAAAAGGAGAUCGCGAUUGCGAAGCCUUCUAAGACCGGACUAGAUGUGACACCUUCAGUGAGCGUCGUCAAGCUGCAUAGCAUUCAACGGGAUUUGUCUGCUUUGCAAGAAUUCUUCAAGGUUAAUAAGAAUUUCAUUGAAGGACUCAGCGGGCCUGAAGCACUUUCGCGUGCGGCCACGAAACAAGAAGAGAUUGCUCUUCAAGCGGAACACCGUGCCUUACAUUCAUUGGUACAGCUUCUGUCGGAUACCAUCGAGGGCAUCUCAUUUGUUUUGGUUUUGUUCGAUGAGCGAGUGGAUGAAAUUGUCCUCGCUCUACCCGAUGACGCAAGACAGCGCUUCUUGAAACUUACGUUUGAAGAACUGUUCAGCACUGGAAAGGGCUAUGAGAUUGCUAAGGAGCUGGUCAAGGCCAUCGUCAACCGAAAUAUCGCAAAGGGAUCGAAUGUGGAAACAGUUGCCGAUGCGUUACGGCGUCGAUGUGGAAAUUUCUGCAGUGCAGAGGAUGUCAUUAUCUUCAAAGCGCAAGAAUUACUCAAGCGAGCAACGGAAGCAGGUGCAAACUCGGAAAUAGGAAGAAAUCUCCUGAAUGAAAGUUUACGCUUGUUCCGACAAGUUUCUGAGGAGCUGCCAAUGGAUAACCUGGUGUCUGCUGUGGACAGCUACAUUACGAAUCAGUUUUAUGCAGGCGCUAUUCAACUUUGUCUCAACGUUGCUUCAAGCUCAGACAAGGCCAAUCUGGCUCUCAACUGGAUGAUGGAUGGCCGCCAAGAGGAGGAUUCGCGCAAGGUACACUAUGCGUUCCGCAAACAAUGCUACGACCUUAUUUUCAAGAUCGUUGUCGCGGUGGACAAAUCGGCGGCUACUGACCCUGGUGUGAUUGACGGCCAGUAUACACCACUGGCUAAGCGGAGAAACGAGGCAUACAGUGUUAUAUCCGACUCGAACGAUGAAGUCUUCCUGACUAGUUUGUACGACUGGUACCUAGAGCAAGGCUGGAGUGAUCGACUUCUUGCAACCCAGUCUCCGUUUGUCGUGACAUAUUUGGAACGAAAGUCGAUCGAUGAUAUCUUCCAUGCCGAUCUGCUUUGGCGCUAUUAUGCCCAAUCCGAGCGGUACUUUGACGCCGCUAGAGUUCAGUUCCAACUUGCGCAAAGUGCAUUUGUUUUGCCUUUGAGUCGCCGCAUUGAAUAUUUGGGUCAAGCUCGCGCCAAUGCUUCAACAUUCACCCAUGAGAUUGGGCGACAAUCUCGACAACGGCUUCUGCAGGAGAUUGGCAAUCUUAUGGAUGUUGCCAAUAUUCAAGACGAUUUGUUGCAGCGGCUGAAAGAGGAUGAGCGGUUGAGCAAGGAAAGCAAGAACGCGGUCUUGAAGGAGAUUGAUGGACCUAUCCAAGACCUCACAUUGCUCUUUAAUAGAUACGCCGAUGCCGGCGGCUACUGUGACAUCUGUUUACAAAUAUACUAUGCAGCCGACCACCGCAACAUGACCGACAUCCUCUCAACAUGGGAAAACCUUCUAGAGCUAACUCACGAACAAACCGUCGCCAAAGGCCAAGCUCAACCUUAUGAAGCAGUAAUCGAAAAAGUCCGCUCCCUCGGCAGCCGCCUGCGCAUGUCCGAAAUCGUCUUCCCAGUCCCCAGCAUCCUCCCCAUCGUCGAACGCUACUCCCUUCAACACCAACGCAACGUCGGCCCUCCAACCUGGGUCGUCGAUUUGUUCCUUGACCUCGAAGUAGCCCACGAAACAAUCUACACAACCCUCGAAAACAUGUUCUACAACGACGAAGCGCCAUUUACAGGCGCAAACAAGAAGUACAUUGCGACUGAUUUGUUGUAUAUUAUUCAGCGAUGGUUUAGCGAUACCUUGCGUGUUGGAGGCGCGGUGUUUGGGAGCGAUGUAAUGGCUGCGCGGAUUUCGGAGAUGUUGGUGUUGGUGCAGCAGAAUGGGCUGCCGGGGGAAUAUGUUCAGAUGGCGCAAGAGUUGAGGGUCCAAAUAGACAACAGCAUUCGAUGA